UUGAUAUAAAAGCGUGCGCGGAUUUUUUAUCCGCAUUCAAACUAGUUCAACGAAGCUAGGCAAUCUUAAAAAAUAAAAAUGAGAUUCGCCGUGGUCGUAUUGGCAUGCGUGUUGGCGGUCGCCCACGCUCAACUCAUCCCUAAUACAGGAAGAUACAACCCUGACAGUGGACGGUACCAGGCCAAUAGAUACAACACUAACCAGUACAACAGAUACAAUAAUAAUAACCAGUACAAUCGCUACAACAAGAACCAGUACAACCCUUUCAACAACCAGUACAACCGCAACCAGAACAACCAGUACACCCCCUUCAAGGCUUUCGUUACGUCCACUCCUUUCCCCCGCCCCUCAGUCACAGUGACCCCAGCCCCAGCAGUGGUUCCUAAAUUAAACCCUGUAUCAGUCGUCACCCCUGUGGUCACUCCUGCUCCUUUCGUCCCGGUCGCCCCCGUGGCCCCCGUUCGUCCCGUCGUCCCUGCCGUCACCGCCGCCAGGGUAGCUGCUGAUGCCCGUUCUGCCGAGACUGUGAAAUACGGCAAUGAAAUCAGCCCAGAUGGUGCCUACAAUUACUUCUUCGAAACCAACAACGGUAUUGCCGCUCAAGCCGAGGGUGUACCCCGUAACUUCGGUGGCAACCCACCCGUAGCUCCUGCUGUCGCUCAAGGUUCCUUCUCCUGGUACGCCCCCGAGGGUCAGCUCGUUGCCCUCCAGUGGGUAGCUGACGAGAACGGUUACCGGGCUAUUGGUGACGCUAUUCCCCAGUCACCACCAGUACCCGACCAGAUCGCUCGCGCCCUCGCCUACGUCGCCAGAAACGCUCCAGUCCCGGCCGUCGUCAACGCUAACUACAAUAAUUAAUUAUUUAUUAUUUAACGAAUAAAACCACCACGAUCAUAAUUCCAAUCUACUUAGAAAUAAUUUAAUAAAUGUACAAAAUACAUAAAAUAAUGUGAUAAUUAUUAUUAUAAUUUGAAAUACGAACUGAUGCAUUUUGAGUGUGAAAUAUGAAA